GGAAGGAGUGAUCGGGGAGUAAGUUGCUGGAAAGUAGGGUGGAGUUAAGAAAAACACAGACGCUGGAACAGACAAACAAGUCAGGCUGUCAGUGUGAGGAAAAACAACACAAUGAACACCUGAAGCAGAAAUUAACCCUCAGCUAUGUGACUGACUACAUGAAGACUGCACCACCAAGACUAUUCUGGAGGAUUUAGAACACAGCUGUGAACAAAAGGAUGUCGUCCAUAUCAAAUGCAGACUUCCGCUGCACCCAAGGGGACACGUUCUGUGAGGUCCGCGUGUAUCAGCAAGAAGUGAUCGUCGUGCCCAUACUGCUGCUGGCCUGCUUUGUGGUCAUGCUGGUCUUCAUCCUCCUGUUGCGCUUCUGUCCAGAGAAGGUGGACCGCAUCCGCAUCGGCUCCUUAAAGUCGUCCUCCCGGAGAGUGCUGCAUGGCAUUGAUGCUCCUCCUGGCAUCAACGUGCUUGAGCAUGAAAGCAUCGCUAUGGACAUGCCCAACACCUACUCCACCUUCCAGCCCCCCAGCAGCUACCCGGCCAAGAAUCCCUCUGUCGUGGACUCUCCGCCUCUGUUAGCCCAGGCACAGGCCCAGGCACAGGCCCAGGCGCCCUACAAGACCCCCUUCGCUACUGUCGCCCAACCCAGGGAGCUGCCUCGCCAGAGACUACCCGAGGCCUUCAAUCUGGUCAGCCCGCUGCGUGGCUCCUUCUCCCUGCGCUCCGACUCUUCCGUGUCCCUCUACAGGGCCCGCAUGGAGAACAGGAACGUGGUCCUGCGGGUGCUAAAAGACUCAGCCGACGCCACAGAGAGACACACCUUCCUGGGCUUUGCCUCCUUCCUGGCCCAGCUGGGACCCCACCCCUUUUUACCUGAGCUGCUGGGCGUGGUCUCCUUGCGAGCCCCUCUGGUGACGGUAGUGGAGGAGCUGGAGAACCGAGACCUGCUCAGCUUCCUGUGGAGGUGCAGGCAGGUAGAAGAGAACCUGAAUCCUCCAUGCGAGAUGACAGAGAAGAGGAUAUUUACUAUGGCUCAACACCUGACCUCAGCGCUGACGUUCCUCCACAGCAAGGACAUCCUACACGGCAACAUUCGGGCCCGCAGCGUUUUGGUUAGCAAGCAGCACACGGCCAAGCUUUGGGGCCUUCACGGGGUCUACACCCGCAAGAACCAGACAGGCACCAAGAAGGACGACCCCAGCAUGAAGAAGUGGCAUGCGCCUGAGAUAUUAGCCAAGAGAGGCGCUGGUCCCAGCAGUGACGUCUGGUCUUUCGGUAUCCUACUCUAUGAAAUGGCAACACUGGGAGAAGCUCCAUUCGCAGAGCUCCCAGUCAACGAGCUGCUGCAGUUUCACCAGCGAGGGAAAAGUUUAAGGAAGCCUUCAAACUGCUCCAACUCUCUACACUCCAUCAUUAAGGGCUGCUGCCAGUGGAAAGACGCAGAGCGACCCUCCCUGGCCGAGGUGAGUCGCAAGCUGGCAUCGGGGGAGAAAAGCACCUCGGAUAAAGUCCUGAAGGCGCCGGGGGCGAUCAACAUCGAGCAGUACCUGCAGGAAGCAGGGUACGGGGAGGCUAACAGCUACACCAUUUUCUGAUCAAAUGCACUUUUCUUUGGAGAAUGUUACAUUGUUUGCACAUGAAGGAAAACAAAUACAGUCAAGACUUUUAUUAAGUUGUUUCUCUAUGAAAAAACAUGUUUAGUGGAGAUGUAAACUUGAAAGAGCCGUUAGUAGAUGCUGUGGAAUGAUGGUUUACCUGCCUUGUUUAGCCAGGUAGCAGAUUAUGUGAUAUUUUCUAUGUAUUUCAAUGUUGAAGGAAACAAAAUGUGAAUAAAUAAUCAUCACAGUCUGACUGCUGGUGGAGGAAAAACCAAAAACAAGACUCUUCU